GUGGAAAACAACCUUGUCGGUGUCGGCAUCAAUGUCGAUGACAUGCAUCAUCCUUAUCAGUGGUGUCAGGUGUCGAUAUUGUUGGAAUAGUGGGCGAAUAUGUUAUUGGCAAUGGUAGCAACAAUCUUGUUGGGGUCAGUAGUGGUAUCUAUGACGUGCUUCAAUUUUAUAGCCAAUGGCUCUGAGGGAGUUUCUGGUCAUGAUGAAAGAAAAGAGAAGAAGUCAGAUUUGGAGAUUUCAGAAGACGAUAAGAGGACAAGGAUGGGGUCUCUGAGGAAAAGGGCAAUAAGUGCAUCGAACAGAUUCCGACAUUCUUUGAGAAGAAAAAGUAGCAAGAAGAACAGUGACAGCAGUGUCCAUGGUUCAAUUGAAGAUGUAAGGGACAUUGUGGAACUACAAGCAGUUGAUGCCUUUCGUCAAUCACUGAUCAUGGAUGAGCUUUUGCCUGCAAAACUUGAUGAUUAUCACAUAAUGUUAAGAUUUCUUAAGGCAAGAAAAUUUGAUAUUGAGAAAGCUAAGCACAUGUGGGCUGAUAUGAUUCAGUGGAGGAAGGACUUCGGUGUUGAUACUAUUUUGCAGGAUUUUGAAUAUACAGAAAUAGAUCAAGUUCUGAAGUACUAUCCACAUGCCUAUCAUGGAGUUGAUAAGCAGGGAAGGCCCGUUUACAUUGAAAUACUAGGAAAAGUAGAUCCCAACAAAGUUAUGCAAGUGACAACCAUGGAUCGAUAUAUGAAAUAUCAUGUGAAGGAGUUUGAAAGAUGUUUUCAGGUCAAAUUUCCAGCAUGCUCUAUUGCUGCAAAAAGGCAUAUUGACUCCUGUACAACAAUACUUGAUGUUCAAGGCGUGGGAUUAAAAAAUUUUUCUAAGAAUGCUCGUGAGUUGAUUAUGCAGCUGCAGAAAAUUGACAGUGACAACUAUCCAGAGACUUUACAUCAAAUGUUUAUCGUCAAUGCUGGACCAGGUUUUAAAUUACUGUGGAACACAGUGAAAUCUUUCCUUGAUCCCAAAACAACUUCAAAAAUUAAUGUCCUUGGAACCAAGUAUCAGAAUAGGCUUCUUGAUGUAAUUGAUUCAAGUGAAUUACCUGAGUUUCUUGGUGGUUCCUGUACCUGUGCUGACCAAGGUGGAUGCAUGAAAUCUGAUAAGGGCCCAUGGCAAGACCCCAACAUAAUGAAGAUGGUCCUUAGUGGAGAAGUACAUACUGCUAGACAAAUUGUUACUGUCUCAAACAGUGAUGGAAAGAUUGUUGCUUAUACAAAUCCUCAAUGCCCUGUGAUGAAAAGCAGUGACGCCUCAACAGUUGAGUCUGGGUCUGAAGCUGAAGACAUGAAUUCUCCAAAUCUUACUAGGAGUAGCAUUUCUAAUCCUCAGUUGACACCUGUGCAUGAAGAGGCUAAAAUUGCCGGGAAAGCAAUGCCUUCUAUCGCCUCUUUAGACUUUGAUGACUAUGUACCAAUGGUUGACAAGGCUGUGGAUGCCGAAUGGAAGAACAGAAUAUCUGAAGCUUCCUCAACAGCAGACUGCCUUCCUCCCUCGGAUGAUACCCCAAAGCUUCACCGUGUUAGAGCUCAAAUCGCAAUGAUGGUGGCUUUCAUCUUGAUGGUCUUUAACAUGGUUCUUUCAGUCACCAGAAAUUUGACUAAGAAACUUCCAGAUAGUACUUUAAAAGCAGGCCACCUCAGUCGCUUUUCUGCAUUAGAUCCUGCACAAAAAGGAGAUCAUCAUCGUUCACGAACUUCUGGGUUCACAGAAGUAGAGCUGUUUUCUUCUGUUUUGGGAAGGCUUGGGGAACUCGAAGAAAAGAUCAAUAUACUUCAGGCUAAACCAUCUGAGAUGCCUUAUGAGAAAGAAGAAUUGCUCACUGCUGCUAUCUGCCGUGUGGAUGCAUUAGAAGCUGAGCUUAUUGCCACCAAAAAGAUUUUGCAUGAAGCUCUUAUUAGGCAGGAAGAACUACUUGCGUACAUUGAUGGACAACAAGAGGCCAAGUUUAGGCUACAGAAGUUUUGUUUCUGAAGAUCUUAUAAAGGAGCAAAGAAAGCCGCCACGUACAUUCUUGCUUUUACGAAGAUAAGGACACUCACCAUUAUGUAUCAUAAGGUGCAAGUAUCAUUACUUCUGUAAAUAUGAUAUUUUUGUGAGUAUUUUAUGGUUGAAUUUUUGCUUCUCUAUAUGCUUUCUUUAUUAUGCUUAAUGGCUCCGAAAAUACGAUCUACAUUAUCAGUUUUUGCUGCCUUAAUUAUUUUUGAAAAA